AUGGAAGGAUGCAGGAAGGGCGUCCUUGCCGUGCUGAUCAUCCUGACUGGACUGGCAGCUCCUGGAUCCAGCUUUGAAAUCAUAGAGGGUCCCAAGAACCUCACAGUCUUACAGGGCUCAGAGGCCCGCUUCAACUGCACUGUCUCCCCGGGCUGGAGGCUCAUCAUGUGGGCGCUCAACAACACGGUGGUCCUGAGCCUUACGCCCUCCGAGCCCAUCAUCACCAGUGACCGCUUCACUUCCUCCAGCUACCAAGUGGAUGGCAACUUCGUGUCAGAGAUGGUUAUCCACAACGUGCAGUUCAAUGACUCUGGGCGCAUCAGGUGCAGUCUGCAGAACAGCGAGGUGGAUGCGACUGCCUUCCUCUCCGUGCAAGCCAUGGGAGACUUGUACAUUCCCGGAGGUAGCCUGAGCGCCGUAGAGGACGAGCCUUGUAAUGUCACUUGUCGCGCCACGGGCUGGACCCAGCUCCCUGUUAUUUCCUGGGAGAUCGGUGUCCCCGUGAGCCAUUCCAGCUACUUUUCCACUCUGGAGCCUGGGGACUUUCCAAGCGCCGUGAGCAUCCUGACUCUCACGCCACAGGGCAACGGCAUGCUCACCUGUGUGGCUACCAUGAGCAGUCUGCAGGUCAGCAAGUCUGUGACCGUGAACCUCACCGUGGUCCAGCCCCCUCUGGGCAGUAUUGAUAAGCCAAAUACAUCAUUGCCUACCUGGGCCAUAGUGCUACUUGCUGUGUCACUUUCAUUACUUUUGAUCCUGAUCAUUGUUCUGAUUGUAAUAUUCUGCUGCUGUUGUGUCUCCGGAAGAGAAAAAAAAGAAUCCAGCUAUCAAAGUGAAAUAAGGAAAUCUGCACAGGUCAAGACAACAAACCAAGAAACUUUUGAGACAAAAUUAAAAAGUGGGAAUGAAAACCGUGGAUACAGUUCUGACGAACCAAGGGCUGCUGAAGCUGCCUCAGUCCCUCCCAGAUCCAGAGAACUCGGGGUACUGGAGCAGCAGAAUCGUGCCCAUGCUUAUCAGGACCAGGACCUGCACUGGCCCAGCCACUCCGCAAGUGGGCCCCGGGUUUCCGUCAACGUUGCCAGUCCCCGGAAAGUCAGAAACGUGACCAUGGUGUAGGGAAGCCUUCCUUUGGACCUCACUUUGCCCUUGGCCGACGGCUGCAGAGCCAUGUCCUGCUUCAUAUUCAUCCCAAGCCUAUCUGCACUGGGUCAGGGUGGCCUGGAAGUGGGACCCUGGAGCCACUGGACCGGACCCUGUGCCCUGAGAGGAAGAAAUGACUUUCCCAGCUUCUGAAGCAGAAUUUGACUUUUCACUGUUGAACUCUCAGUGAAUUCCAUGAGAUUACCAAGAAAAAAAACCUGCCGAUUCAUCCCAUGCUGCUUCUAACACUCCGGCCUGCAAAUCCAGUGAACGGUGAACUCUACUUUACCACAUCAUUUACAAUGCUUUUGUAAUCCUCAAUCCAUAUCAUCUUUAGCCCAUAUUCAGAUUUAUUUAUAUGUGUAUCACAUGUUAUCAGUGAAUUAAGAGGACAGCAAUUAGUAUCAAUUAGAAAUCUAACAUUGGUAGGUCGCAGUGAGUUAAAAUUAAGAACAAAUUCCUAUGCUCAU